UACCGGUCUUUGAAGGCCUAGCGGCAGCAUUCAUGGUGGUAUUCGGAAUCAGCAUCGUCGACUACCUAUAGUCCAGUCGGUUUCGUUGAAAAAGCGAUUUAUCAGUUGGGGAUCAUUCCUCGUCAGUCACAAACAUUUCUUGUAAAUAACUUUCUUGAUUACAUCUUGCUGGUCGAGAUUCAGCCUAUUGCUUUUAUGUAUUUAAAUGAAAAAUGUAUGCAAAUGAUGCCUGAAACAGCUCCAGAAAUGUUAAUGAAUUUCCUAUGUAAUGUAGAAGAUGAGUAUUUUAUUAUAAACAUAUCAACAUCAAGUGAUGAUCAAAUAACGGUCGAUGAAACAAAUCAGUUAUUAGAUGAGCUUUACCUUAUUGUAGUUCGAAACACUAAUUUAUCAGAAGUAGAUAAAAAACAUAUUGAAAGGAUCAUAAAUAGUUACGAAAUAAUAUGGUGGUUUCGUGUUGAUAGUGGCGCCUCUAUUGAAUUUUUUUUUCCUUGUAUUACUUUACUGAAAAGUAAUACUAAUUUUAUCAAUAUUACUGUUACUGGUAACACUAAUGCUGCUAGUAUUACUGUUACCAGUAACCGUAAUAUAUACAAUAUUUGUAUUACUGGUAACAGUAAUAGUAAUGUGCCAUCCCUAAUGUCCAACAAAAAUAUAUCAAACUAUUAUUAUAAUGCAAAUAUAUUAAAAGCAUUAGAUUUAUUAAAUAAAGGUGAUAUAGGAUCUUGUAACUUUUAUAUUAAUGUUCAUAAAAUGACUAAUCAAUUUGAUGAAACAACAUUUUAUUUAUUACAAGAAUUAAUAUAUUCAUUAAGCGUUAGUCAAAAUAUAAAUUAUGGUGUAUUAUUAAAUUUAUUAAUUGAAAAUGAACGAAGAAAUUUUGAAGAACAUGCACUUAUAACUGGUUUUAGAAGAGAUAGUUUUAGAACCAAUAAUGCAAGAUUUACAGCAUUAUUACGUCAACAAGGUGUACUUACAAAAUUUCAAUUAUUGUUCGAUCUUUUCCUUUCCUUGUUUCUUAUAUAUAUCUAG